GUAGGCUAACAGUUAGCUAGCUGCUGUAGGCCUACGUUUGCUAAUGUUAAUCUAUCAAAACACACAGUCAAUAGCGUUAAUGUUAGCUAUUAAUCUACCUGUUUAAGUAUAAUAUAAUACACCCAAGGCUAUGAAUGAGCUACUUACUUAAAACGGAGAGCCGUGGAGAACGUUCACCUCACGACAGAGGAGCUACGCAGGCAGUCAGGUGAUGGUCCUUCCGAAUGGAAAAUGGAGGGAAAAGUGGCGGGCUGCUUGUGUAUGCACAUGCGCAGACAGGACAGUAUAUGUGGUAAUUAAAUUGUACAUGUUUUUUUCUAAUUACUUUUAAAUGAAUGAAAUGAGCUUGUUUUAAACAGUGACAAUAAAUGUUAAGAUUAAUUAAAAAAGAUAAGAAGGAUGCAAUAACACAUUCAAAUCUAUUAAAAAAGGCUAGAUUAAAACAUGUAACAUCUAAAAGGGGUCAUAAUCAGUUUUUUCAGUGUAGGAACUCUCAAGUAAACACGUGGCUCAUAACCCUUUAGGAAACGCCCCCUAUAUGAUCCUCCCCUUAUAGGAACCGCCCCCUGCCUAAGGUCUGCAUCCAGACCCAUCUCCCUGCUGGGUGUAAAAAAGUAGGGCUUAACUCUAACGUCGGCCUUAGCUACGUCCGACUUAGUGAUUCAAAUUUAAACCGAGUGCACCAAGCCUGACUAGUCUCGGGCGUAGCUGCGCCUGGUCUUAAGAUGCGCGUCCACGUGAAUACACGCAAAACAGUAAUUGUUGCCAAGCAACACACAUCUAUAUAAUUGAACACUCGAACUCCUCCAUUCAGAGCAAGCUAAUAAUUGAAUAACGAAUAUGGAUAACGGAAAGAAGAGAAAAACCAAUUGUAUUGAUAGAGAGAUUAGAACAUUCAUUAAAAUAUAUGCAGAGCAUAAAAACUCGCUAACUGCCAAAUGUAAUAAUACCAUGACAAACAAACACAAACUCGCAGCCUGGAAGUCAAUCACUGGUGCGAUAAAUGACUUGGGUGAUGGAGGGAUACGGACGGUGGAAGAGUGUAGGAAAAAGUGGAAGGACCUACUAUCCAGAGCCAAAAAGGAUGCAUCUGUUCUCAAAAACCCUCCGACCGGCGGAGGCCCUGCUCCAAAAACCUCUCCAUACAGCGAAAUCAUUAUUGCUAUUUUUGGAGAGGAUUCCCCCACUUUCACCGGGUUGAAUGGGAUCGACUGCUCAGAGCCCUCAACCUCAACAUUUGAAGAGGUUGACGCAGACGUGUCAGCUGUCACUAGUGACUCAGAGGACCGCAGAGAAGAGGGAAGUCACACACCCACAGCGUCAGCGAUGACUCAAGGGGAAUCCCAAAUGGCCACACUCCGAAAGAGAAAGAGGGAUUUGUCAGAGCUACAGCGGGAACUGACGGAGAAAGAAAUCGUUCGAGUGGAGGUGGAGACCGUAAAAUUGAGAGCGGAACACGAAAAAAUUGAGAUGGAGAAAUUGAGACUCCAAAUAAUAAUUCUUAAGAAUCAGCUACUAAUCACGGAAGAAGACAAUGUGUUCACCGUUCUGUAAUCAUGUUGAACUUGUUUUUUAUCUCAAUUUCAUGUUAAUAGUUCUCCAAAAUGUUGUUAUUUAAUGUUCUUGUGUUCUUUGAAUAAAAUAGGCCUAGUGAAAAUAUGUGGUCACAAAGGGAGCUUAUUGAAAUGCAAUUGCAAAAAAACAGCAUUCAUAUUACAAAUAUAUAGGUCUAUAGGUUGUUUAUUAUAUGAUUGCGGGUAAGUCCUGGAGACGGAAGAAUAAUAGGUCUUCUUAAACAUCAAUAAGGGAUGUAAUGUAUAUACUUUAUUUUUCUAAAUUCAUUAUUCGUUGGUCGUUUUACGGCUCCCUUUUGGCUAAUUUGAGUAAUUGAUUCUGAGAGAACAAUUAGGGGCCGGUGUGUAGGAGCCGCAUUUAAGUUUAUUUUGAUUUAUUUGGAACCUUUAUUAAUGCAUUUUUCUGUUUCAGUGAGAGGUGUGCUUUGCUCAGGGAAGGGGGCGGAGCUAAGGCUUUAAGUUGGAGGUGCGGUGUGUGACGGGAGAGCAGCAGGCAGCAGCAAUACCGUCAUUGACACGCAGACGCAACGUUAUACUUUGUCAAAUACAGAUUAUUAGGAUCUGCUGUUUAAGUUUAUGUUACAUAUUGUUUUCCUAUUUUGUUUUAUGUUUUGCUGGAAAUAAACGUUGAAAAGCAACCGAAACGUCCAGUGUAUUGUGUACUGCGAGUCUGACACUGCUUCCGAGGCCCAAGCUCUACAUGUGGCCAAGAACAAUAACUUUUGAGGUGAAGGUUACAAGACAAACAUUUUGGGAUUUUGGCCACUACAAGACAAUGUGUUCACCGUUCUGUAAUCAUGUUGUACUUGUUUUUUAUCUCAAUUUCAUGUUAAUAGUUCUCCAAAAUGUUGUUAUUUAAUGUUCUUGUGUUCUUUGAAUAAAAUAGGCCUAAUGAAAA